UGUGACCAACAGUGCUGUGCUGUAGGAAAAGGGAACUGGUGCAGAAAAAGGAAAACUUCAUUAUCAGGGCCGGUCACAGCUUGUGUGCACCCUGUCUGAUCGCAUCCACCCGUAGGGGAAGUUCGCAGGUGGCACCUCUCUCCUCUGUCUGCCUAUCCUUGAGUUUUCGGGGUGCUGGGAGCCAAGGUGUGGGCUCCUGGAUUUUUGGAUGCUGCAGGUUGAAAGAAUGGAAGGGUUCACUCUUAUCUCUAUGGCUCUUCUGCACUACUAAAGCAGCCCUUGCAGCAUAUACUCCCCUGAACUCUGGCAGUCAAAGGUCCUCUGACAUUACCAAGAUUGAUGAAGAGUCCUACAUUGGACAUGAGAACACAGAAGGACAGUCCACUGCUGGAGCAGAGGGGAGCACCAUUUGCCAGGGGAGCGGCGGUUCAAGCUCACCCAGAAGAGCUGGUCACCUAUGAUCCAGAGAGUUUGCGUGCCCACCAUGAAUACUACCCCUAUCUCAGUGAUAAUGAGAGCCACGUUUCCUUUUUAGAGCAUUAUUGGGAAUACCCAAUAUCUUCUCACCUGCAUGGCGAUCUCGAUGGAUUCCCCGACUCACAGCUCACAGAGCUACAGAGCGUACAACAGCCGCAACUGCAGCAAUUGUACAGACACAUGGAAAUGGAACAAAUGCACGUCCUGGAGCCUGGAAUGGCUGCGCAACAUCCUCACCUCCAACUGACACACCAGGUGUCCUAUGUACCUCGUGUAUGUCUGCAGUUCCAAUCGGCAGCAGCACCCAGUUCAGAGGACGAUGACCAUGAAAGGCGAAGCCCCCCUCUGGAAGUGUCAGAUGGAGAGCUAGAUCCACGAGACUCGGGUUAUGGGACACUUCUAGGAGAGCCAGGCAGUAAGAAAAAGAUCCGAUUAUACCAGUUCCUUUUAGAGCUACUUCAGAGCGGAGACAUGAAAGACAGCAUCUGGUGGGUAGAUAAAGACAAAGGGACAUUCCAGUUCUCCUCCAAGCACAAAGAGGCCCUGGCCCACCGCUGGGGUAUUCAGAAAGGCAACCGUAAAAAGAUGACCUAUCAGAAAAUGGCUAGAGCCCUGCGCAACUACGGCAAGACCGGAGAAGUACGAAAAGUCAAGAAGAAGCUGACCUAUCAGUUCAGUGGAGAGGUUCUGCAUAAAAUGUACAAUUCAAGAAAGCACUUUCAUCACUGAGCCAGUCCAUGCAUUCUACUUGUACAUCGCCGGAGUGCCUGUUCUUACCAUUUUGGUACAAAAGACUCCAAAGCAUUCAUAGAGGAAGAUAAAUACUCUGUAAAUAAUAUUAAUAUUAUAGUAAUUAUUCUAUAUUUUUGGAAGGCCUGUGGUUUAGCGGCAUACAAGCACAGUACCACUAGCUGAAAUUAAGUAUGGACAAGGGAUCCAGUAGUGUUAAACAAAAGUUCAGCAUUAAUAUGGAAAUAGACUGUGUUUAACAUUGACCUGAGAAAACCAAAGAUUUUGCUAAUAACCAGUCUGACUGAGUAUUUCCACAUAAGAAGUGAAAAUGUAAAAUUAUUUAGCGAACUGUUAAAGCCCCAUGGAACUUUGAGUUUAAAUAAGCUAAACACAUUCCAGGUGUUCAAUGUGAUGCGGUUCAUUUUCUAUAGAAAGCAGCCACAUCCUAAGUAGAAAAUCCUGUGUCUUGCCAGCAUGCUGCAAAGAAGGAUCCUUAGUCUUUGUGUGGAAGCAGUGGUCUCUCGGCAGAGGUUCAACACACCCCUGCUGAGUCAGACCUAUGGUUUUACAAUCAGCGUGACCUUUGCAGAGAGACUGCUGCUUUCACACAGAGAGCAACAUUCUGGCAGAGCACAGGCUUUCUACUCAUGCUGUAGCUGUUUUAAAAAAAAAGCAAAAAAAAACAACAACUGUAAAGCCUCGUACACACGAUCGG